AUGCAGCAUAAACCAGAACUUUCCAACUCGAAUUUGGACUUUCACGAUUUGCCACCCUUUCCAGAAGAUGUCCCCAAAGCACCGCUUCUUCGUAUAAAUCUAAGCAAGCUUACAGAAGGAGACGAAGACGAGAUUGAUAAGCUAUGGAAAGCAUGCUGCGAACUUGGUUUCUUCUAUCUCGACCUUCGUGGUAUCGGCAAGAGAUCCGACUCUGCCACCGAGCAUGAUGAAGAUGAUGCUCAGGUCAAAGUUGAGAGCGCGGCAGAGCCUGAGGUCAGAGUCAAUGGUGAUCAACUACUCAGGGAUGCAGAUGAGUUGUUUGGUGUAGGAAAGAAAGUGUUUGAAUUGCCUUUUGACGAAAAGGUCAAGUACGACCUCAAGGACCAAGGAAGCUAUUUCGGAUACAAAGGAUAUGGUCAGGGUGUCAUUGAUGCUGAAGGGACAAAAGAUCGGAACGAGUUUUACAAUGUUUCGAAAGACGACAUUUUGGGACUGUCCGAAUCUCUUCCUGCUCCUGAGGUGCUCAGCCCUCACCGGGACUUGUUAAAGUCUUUCAUACAACACUCACACACUGUUGUGACCAUGCUGUUGGGCCUCCUGAACACCCGACUAAGUCUUCCGCAAGACAAACUGCCAUCGCUACAUAAAUUAGACUCAGUCUCUGGUGACCAAGUCCGCUGGGUCCACGCACCUCCCCAACCAAUGGACGACCGAAGAACAGCACUAGGUCAGCAUACCGAUUUCGGAAGCGUCACCAUCUUGUUCAACCGCCUUGGAGGUCUGCAAGUGCUGCCACCCAAGUCGGAAGAAUGGUGUUACGUGAAGCCACUACGAGGACAUGCAGUCAUCAAUCUAGGAGAUGCUAUGGUCAAAUUCACAGCUGGAAUUUUGCGAUCAAAUACUCAUCGCGUUGUAAAUCCUCCAGGAGAGCAAGCUGAGCAUACGAGAAUGAGUCUAGUGUACUUUGCUAGGCCAGCAGACGAGGUUUUGCUCAAGGUGCUCGACGGAAGCCGAUUGAUUGAUGAGAAGAGACAGCAAGAUCCGAAUCAUGGCGAUGAUGAAGAAAUUACAAGCAAGGAGUGGAUUUUGCGCAGAGCUUUGGGUAGACGAGAAGGAGGUGAUUGGGCGAAGGCUGGAGGAACAGAGACUGGAUGUACUUGAAAGUGAUUGUCGGUGAUUGUUGGUGCACAGACGCGG